ACUACGGCCUCCUCAGUUCUUCACCCGGGGCUAGGCGUUGUCCCAGGGACGAGGGUGCGCCCUGAAGGCCGACACUGUGCGGCCACCACACGCUGAGACUCGGCCGUGUGGACUUCGAACAGGAAAUCUGGAAGUCAUUGAGUUGGCACUGGCAAAGGUUUUGGACUUGUUCAGAGAAAUGUGUUGUGGAGAGGACACCAAAUUGGUGCUUGCUAUUGUUAAAGUGAGGCUUUCACCCGAGGCCAGUCCCCAGCAGAAGAGUCUACUCUGGAAGAAAACUUGAUGUUGGCAAGUUGCUUGAUAAGUGAAAGCUCUGAUCAUCUCAGAGGGGCUGUGCAGGGAUGAGGGAAUCCAGAGUUGACAGACCACAGCCUGGUGGAGCCCGUCUUCAGCAAGGAGGACCACAAAACUUGCGGACUGGCCCUGCUACAGAUGACAAGACUUGACAGGGAGCAUGCUCAGGUACGAGAGACCGGCCGAGGAGGCUCCGAGAGCCGCAACAUGGCUUCCCCGCCCCACCAGCAGCUGCUGCAUCACCACAGCACCGAGGUGAGCUGCGACUCCAGCGGCGACAGCAACAGCGUGAGGGUCAAGAUUAACCCCAGACAGCUGUCCUCCAACAGCCACCCCAAGCACUGCAAGUACAGCAUCUCCUCCAGCUGCAGCAGUUCCGGGGACUCCGGUGGCGCUCCCCGGAGAGUGGGCGGCGGCGGCAGUGGCGGGGGCCGCCUGAGACGGCACAAGAAGCUGCCGCAGCUGUUCGAGAGGGCCUCGAGCCGCUGGUGGGACCCCAAGUUUGAUUCUGUGAAUCUGGAGGAGGCCUGCCUGGAGCGCUGCUUCCCGCAGACCCAGCGCCGUUUCCGGUACGCGCUCUUCUACAUAGGCUUCGCCUGCCUGCUCUGGAGCAUCUACUUCGCCGUGCACAUGAGAUCCAGGCUGGUUGUGCUGGUGGCGCCCGCCCUGUGCUUUCUUGUGGCGUGCGUGGGCUUCUUUCUGUUUACCUUCACCAAGCUGUACGCCCGGCACUAUGCGUGGACCUCGCUGGUUCUUACCCUGCUGGUGUUCGCCCUGACCCUGGCCGCCCAGUUUCAGGUUUGGACGCCCCUCUCAGGACACACUGAGGGCUCCAACCACACUCCCGCUGCCAGGCCCGCAGACGCGUGCUUAUCCCAAGUGGGCAGCUUCUCCAUGUGCAUUGAAGUGCUCUUCCUGCUCUACACCGUCAUGCACUUACCUUUGUACUUGAGCUUGUUUCUGGGGGUGGCCUAUUCCGUGCUUUUUGAGACCUUGGGGUACCACUUCCGGGACGAAAGCUGCUUCCCCUGGCCUGCCGUGCCAGCCCUGCACUGGGAGCUGCUGAGCAGGGCCCUGCUGCACCUGUGCAUCCAUGCCAUCGGGAUCCACCUGUUCAUCAUGUCCCAGGUGAGGUCCAGGAGCACCUUCCUGAAGGUGGGGCAGUCCAUCAUGCAUGGGAAAGACCUGGAGGUGGAAAAAGCCCUCAAAGAGCGGAUGAUUCACUCCGUGAUGCCGAGGAUCAUAGCCGACGACCUGAUGAAGCAGGGUGACGAAGAGAGCGAGAACUCAGUCAAGAGGCAUGCCACCUCGAGCCCCAAGAACAGGAAGAAGAAGUCUUCCAUCCAGAAGGCUCCCAUAGCAUUCCGCCCUUUCAAGAUGCAGCAGAUCGAAGAGGUCAGCAUUUUGUUUGCGGACAUCGUGGGAUUCACCAAGAUGAGUGCCAACAAAUCUGCUCACGCCCUGGUGGGCCUCCUGAACGAUCUCUUUGGCCGCUUCGACCGGCUGUGCGAGGAGACCAAGUGCGAGAAAAUCAGCACUCUGGGAGACUGUUACUAUUGCGUGGCGGGGUGCCCCGAGCCCCGGGCCGACCACGCCUACUGCUGUAUAGAGAUGGGGCUGGGCAUGAUCAAAGCCAUUGAGCAGUUCUGCCAGGAGAAGAAGGAAAUGGUGAACAUGCGCGUCGGGGUCCACACGGGGACUGUCCUGUGUGGCAUACUUGGCAUGAGGAGGUUCAAAUUUGAUGUGUGGUCCAAUGAUGUAAAUCUGGCCAACCUCAUGGAGCAACUGGGAGUGGCAGGCAAAGUCCACAUUUCUGAAGCAACCGCAAAGUACUUAGAUGACCGGUACGAAAUGGAAGAUGGCAAAGUCACUGAACGCCUAGGCCAGAGUGUGGUGGCUGACCAGCUGAAAGGUUUGAAGACAUACCUGAUAUCGGGUCAGAGAGCCGAGGAGUCCCACUGCAGCUGUGCAGAGGCUUUGCUUUCUGGCUUUGAGGUCCUUGACGGCUCACGGGUGUCCUCAGGCCCUAGGGGACAGGGGACAGCAUCGGCAGGGAGUGUCAAUGACUUGGCGCAGACUGUCAAAACCUUUGAUAACCUUAAGACCUGUCCUUCAUGUGGAAUCACCUUUGCUCCCAAAUUGGAAGCUGGCGCAGAAGGUGGCGCUGUCCAGAAUGGCUGUCAAGAUGAGCAUAAGAACAGCACCAAGGUAACAGGCUCAUGGCUGUUGUUCCUGUCACUUCCUCUCCUGGCGCAUCCACCUAAGGCUUCUGGAGGACCUAACCCCAAAACUCAGAAUGGACUUCUGAGCCCUCCCCAGCAGGAGAAGCUGACCAACAGUCAGACCUCCUUGUGUGAGAUCCUGCAGGAAAAGGGAAAGUGGGCAGGGGUAAGCUUGGAUCAAUCAGCUCUGCUUCCACUAAGAUUCAAGAACAUCCGGGAGAAGACCGAUGCCCACUUUGUGGACGUUAUCAAAGAAGACAGCCUGAUGAAGGAUUAUUUUUUUAAACCGCCCAUCAAUCAGUUCAGCCUGAACUUCCUGGAUCAGGAGCUGGAACGAUCCUACAGAAGCAGCUAUCAGGAGGAGGUGAUGAAGAAUUCCCCUGUGAAGACGUUUGCCAGCCCCACCUUCAGCUCCCUCCUGGAUGUGUUUCUGUCUACAAUAGUGUUCCUGGUCCUCUCCGCCACGUGCUUCUUAAAGUAUGGGGCAGCAGCCAUGCCUCCUCCGCCAGCUGCCCUGGCCGUCUUUGGGGCAGCCCUGAUGCUGGAGGUGCUGUCCCUCGUGGUGUCUGUCAGGAUGGUGUUUUUCUUGGAGGACGUUAUGGCCUGCACGAAGUGCCUGCUGGAACGCAUUGCAGGCUGGCUGCCUCGCCACUGCGUGGGAGCCGUGCUGGUAUCCCUGCCUGCCCUCGCUGUCUACUCCCAUGUCACCUCUGAAUUUGAGACAAACAUACAUUUCCCAGUGGUCACAGGCUCGGCUGUGCUGGUCGCUGUGGUGCACUACUGUAACUUCUGCCAGCUCAGCUCCUGGAUGAGGUCCUCCCUGGCCACCGUCGUCGGGGCUGGGCCGCUGCUCCUGCUCUAUGUCUCUCUGUGCCCGGACAGUUCCAUAGGCAUUUCACCCCUUGAUGCAGUACAGAAUUCCAGUUCCGGGAGGAAUCCAUGCAAUAGCUCGUUGCUGCAGGACAGCAGGCGGCCAGGAGGCCCCGUGGGUGAGGAGCUGAUUCUCGUCUUUUUUCUCCUGCUCCUGUUGGUCUGGUUCCUGAAUCGAGAGUUUGAAGUCAGCUACCGCCUUCACUACCAUGGGGAUGUGGAAGCAGACCUGCACCGCACCAAGAUCCAGAGCAUGCGGGAUCAGGCCGACUGGCUGCUGCGGAACAUCAUCCCCUACCAUGUGGCAGAGCAGCUGAAGGUGUCCCAGACCUACUCCAAGAACCAUGACAGCGGGGGGGUCAUCUUCGCCAGCAUCGUCAACUUCAGUGAGUUCUACGAAGAGAACUACGAGGGCGGCAAGGAGUGCUACCGGGUCCUCAACGAGCUGAUUGGGGACUUUGACGAGCUCCUGGGCAAGCCGGACUACAGCAGCAUUGAGAAGAUCAAGACCAUCGGGGCCACAUACAUGGCAGCGUCAGGGCUAAACGCCGCACAGUGCCAGGAUGGCAGCCAUCCCCAGGAGCACCUGCAGAUCCUGUUCGAGUUUGCCAAGGAGAUGAUGCGUGUGGUGGAUGACUUCAACAACAACAUGCUGUGGUUCAACUUCAAGCUCAGAGUCGGCUUCAACCAUGGGCCACUCACGGCGGGAGUCAUUGGCACCACCAAACUGCUGUAUGACAUCUGGGGGGACACGGUCAACAUUGCCAGCAGGAUGGACACCACCGGGGUCGAGUGCCGCAUCCAGGUGAGCGAGGAAAGCUACCGUGUCCUGAGUAAGAUGGGCUAUGACUUCGACUACAGAGGGACCGUUAACGUCAAGGGGAAGGGCCAGAUGAAGACCUACCUUUACCCCAAGUGCACGGACAACGGGGUUGUGCCACAACACCAGCUGUCUAUCUCCCCGGACAUCCGUGUCCAGGUCGAUGGCAGCAUUGGACGGUCUCCCACAGACGAGAUCGCCAACCUGGUGCCUUCUGUUCAGUAUUUGGACAAGACAUCCCUGGUUCCUGACCCUGUGCAGGCCAAGGACACGCACCUGUCUUCCAAGAGGCCCUGGAAGGAGCCCAGUAAAACCGAAGAAAGAUGUCAUCUCAGCCAAGCCAUGGAGAAAGAGGACUAUGAAGAUGUGGCAAUGGAGGAGGCCGACGAGCUCACCAAGCUUAACGUCUCUAAGAGUGUGUGAGGUGGCGCCAAAGCCGCCCACGGUGCUCCAUUUGUCAAAACACAAUAAUAUUCAUACCUGGCUGCGGUGCUGCCCCAGCGCCACGGUUUCUGUCCCCAGAUGUGGUAUCAUGUGGUCAUUUCCACCCUCCCUCCUGUGUGGGUCACAGUUCUUCAGGGUUCGUUUCCAUCCAUGUCUCCUCUUCUUUGUACCCUCUCCCUGGAACUCUGCCCUCCUUGGGGUCGUCCAUUCAGCCGUGCGGAGAACAAGUGCCUUCAGGUUGGCUCUGGCCUCGGGCCUGGGACUGAGGCUGCCGCUGGUGGAAAAUUGGCUUCAGGUCUCAUCUGACGUUUGAAACAAAGGCUAUGGUUCAGAUGUCAUUGUUUUAAUUUUUUCUCAUGAGACACUUUUUGUUGUCCAGCUCAUACAAUGACGUAUAUUGAGUUUCUUUUCUUCUUGUAUGUGCAACAGUGUUCCUCAGUAACCUGGCCUUCCUCUGUAAGCACACACACGCACACACACUUGCAUUUACGGAUCUGACAAAAAGUGCCAGUAAUUCACCUAGAGGGGCCCUGGAGGCAGGGGUGGGUGAGGUGUGGGCUGAAGAAAGCCCAGCCGGUCCCUCCUCCCCCGCACUUUCCCAAACGCCAGGGGCCGCAUCGUGGGCUGUGGGUGGCCCUGGCACCCAUAAGCAGGCCAAGAUCUCCAACACUCACCAGGCACCGAGCUCGUGAGUCCAGGCCUCAGGUACCUCAAAGCCGUCUCUCAUCCCAACCCUCCACCCAGGGUCUUCCAGUUGGGAGCGGAGGUGUUCUCUCAGAAGCUGACGCCUGAGGGUUGCACUUAUUUAUUUAUUUAUUUAUCAGGAGAUGCUGUGUCUUGGGGAGAGGGUACCGGGUCGUUUUGUGGAGAGAGACAAGCCUAGGGAAGGCAGUCCACAGAGGUUGCCGCCAGCUGUGUCCCCCAGCACUUCAGCCUCCUGGAGCCAAGCAUGGG